GUUGGGCUAAUGCUUCCCUUAAAUUCUCAACAUCUACUACAUAUAACUAUAUAUAUGUUAACCAUUACAACGCAACCAAAUUUGUUCUUGUGACUGCACCAAGAUCCUAUGCAACGCAGGUCAAAGGACAGGGAGUCAACAAUACUCUUGGUACCCCUCCAACAUGGAGGGCUCUUGUGCGAGAUGAAUCCCAUAAUGAUAAAAGCAGGAACCAAACAGUGCGACUGUUUGAGGAGAUUGCCCACAACCAGACAAGCGCACCUAGCACAUGGCUGCUUUCAGGAACGCCCUUCGAGAAGGGGUCCAGCUGAUGUGGCUCACUGGUUAAAUGCUCGUGUUGUCGAGAACUGGGAGAACAAUGAAACGCUCUCACUUGCUCUGCCUGAAAAGUUCAAAGAAUUGUCCAGUCGGGUAACUACAAUUUUGAAUAAAAGCAGCAAUCGGACUGUUCAUGCGGACAGAUUCUUGGAGUCCGCUGCAUCCAAAUUUGGAUCUAUUAUGUUGAGGCUCAUGAUCCGUCGUGUGACAGAAAGUCUUUGGCUUGAUCGACCCAUAGUGGAACUACCCCCGAACAGACAUUCGGAUGUUCAUCUGUCACUCGAUGCAGAGCAUAUCAAGAGCAUUCAGGCAUUGGAGAAACAGGCACUAGCGGAGGCAAAAGAUUUAUAUCGCAAACAGCUCCUUAGCUGGAGAAGGGGCGGAUGCAAGAGAAAUGUGCCGGCGCUACGACCGCAGCAAUUCCUUGAGCGUGCCCAUCAGGUGCAACAGCUGACAGUGUUCCCGGGCUUGUGUGAGCUGAUGUGUGAACAUAAUCUUCGCCUCACAGAGAAUGAAAUGAACGGCAAUAGCGCGUACAUAUAUGAUACAAUUGACAUGAACUCACUCGCCCGAUUCAGCCCUAAAAUUAAAUGGCUUGGUCAAAUGACAACUCUUCAAAGACAGCAACUAAUUGACUCAUUUAACACAGACACACCCAUUACUACCCCAGAUGGACAGAUGCAGACACUGAGCCCCGACACAAUCGUAAGUACAUUCUCAUUGAUUGGAGUCGGAUACACUUGCGUACGAGCAUUUCGCCUUGUGUUGAUGGGGCCUGAAUGGCUUCACUUGGAGGAGAGUCAAGCAAUGGCUCGCAUUCGACGGAUCGACCAGCGCAAUGCGGUUACGUAUACAUACCGACUAAUUUGUAAGAAUGUGGACAUCGAGCAAAGCAUGGUCGACAGACAGGCAAUGCGAGACCAGUUCAAUCAGAUGUCAAUGGAAAUUCGUGAACAUGUUGAGAGGGAACAUAGGCGAAGACUGAGCGUCAAUGCAUGUGCUUGA